AUGCUUCUUCGGUAUGAUCUUUCUUCUUCAACUCUACUUUUAUUGUACAUUGUCAGAUUUACAUUUUCUACGUGGAUCAUCAUCUUGUUUUCAUUUUCAAGUUCAUUCUUUUCUUUAACCUCUUUCUUUGCUUCGCAUCUACUACUCCUUUCUUCUUCUUCUUCUUCUUCUUCUUCUUCUUCUUCUUCUUCUUCUUCGACUUCUCCCCCUACUACUACUACUGCUACUACUGCUUCUUCUUUUACUACCACUGCUGCUACUUCUUCUGCUACUACUCGAAUUCUUAUCUUUGACGAAAUUCCUCUUUUUUUCUUCAAGUCUUCAAAUUCUUCUUCAGAUUCUUCUACUUUUAUAAAGUCUUAUUCUUUCCCUUUUCUUCUCUUUCUUCCUAAAAUUACGUUUCUUCUUCAAAUUCGUUCUUUCUGCAUUUCAAAACAUCAUCAAAUCCUUCUUCAAAUUCGAAUUCUACUUUUGAUGUUUUUUCGCAAUGACAUCACAUCUUUCUUCAUAUAA